AUGGAGAAAGUGACUGCUAUUGCCUUUCAGAGUGGAGGUUACGACGUGGAGCUGUUUGUGGACACUCCAGACUACGACCUCAUCUGCACCAUAUGCCGAGGUGUUCUCAGGUGCCCCGUCCGAGUUGCAUGCAACCAUGUCUUCUGCAAAAAAUGCAUUUUACAAUGGCUGAAGAGACAAGAAACUUGCCCCUGCUGCAGAAAGCCUGUCAAUCAGAGCUUCAUAUUUGUGAUGUACAAGCUGAGUAAAUCCAUCAGUCGUUUACGGAUCAAAUGCAAAAAUGAGACCCACGGCUGUGCAGCUACCUUCCCCCUUUCCGAAGAGUACUGCCACAGCACCUCCUGCCUGUACGAGCUGGUGCCCUGCCCUCACCAGGGCUGCGGGGCCCAGGUGCUGCGGCGCAACCUGGAGGCGCACGCCCAGCGCUGCGAGCACUGGAGGCAGCUCUGCCACAUGGGCUGCGGCACCAUGCUGUCCCACCAGACCCAGGCCCAGCACAACUGCUACCGCCAGCUGCGGCAGGAGUACGAGGCCCAGCGGCAGACGCACCGCGCCAUCGCCGCCGCCCUCCAGAAGAAGAUGAGGAAGAUGCAGAGCACCAUGACCCACAUGAAGCGGCAGAUCGGCCUGAUCUGCGAAAGCCUGGAGGUCAUGGACAACCAGGAGGAGGCGGAGAACGCAGGGGAGAGCAGCAGUAGCAGCAGCAGCAGCAGCAGCUCCUAA